AUGGCUACUCCAGGCUCCGAGGGUCAGCCUCAAAUCCAAAUUGGAACUCCAUCCCAAAUUCAGCAAUCACAGAUGCAACCUCAGAUGCAACCACAAAUUAUUGGACAGCCUCUUAUCCGCCAUGCAAUGCCUGUGCAAAUGGCUCAGGCUUCGAAUGUGGUCCGUAUGCAGCCAGCUGGAAUUAGGCAGCGCCCUCAAAUGGCAAAGCCGGGCCAAAUGACAGCUGAUCAACCUAUUCCUACCUAUGUCGGGGGACAGAAUCGUAUGCCCGCUGGAGGACAAAUGCCACAGCAGCUUCAUGUGAUAUCACAAGGUGUGUUUCAAUCUCAGCAGCCGCAGCCAACUUAUAUGACCUCGGAUGGGAGUCAUACUAUGCAGGCCGGAGUAGUUGAGCAACACCGCCCUAUUGUCACUAGCUAUGGUCAGCAGGGGAAUGUACAUUUAUCAACUAUGCCGAUCUUUCAAGUUGGUGCUCCAGGCGUCCAGCAACCCGUUUACAACGCCACGAUGCGUGUCGCUGGAGCUAGUGGCCAGCCGCCAAUCUCGACUCCUAAUGGACCCAUCCGCUUUGUCUCCAAUAAUGGAGGUGCAUCGGUAAUGCAAUUGGUGACUCAGCAGAACCAAGUGCAGGUUAAUCAGCCGCACUUCAUUCCGGCAGAAACACAGCCCCGAAUGGUGGUGCCGCAGUCCCGUCCAGCCGGUCCUUCUCUGAAGAUAAUCCCAUCUCCACAACAGCCUCCACAAGGUCAGGCGAUCAGACCCGCAAUGUCCUUGAUGCAACAGGGCCAACAGCCCUGUUUGUCAAGCGGCGGUUCGCAGGGGCCUCAAGUUCCGGCGACAAGUGCUGUUGGGCCAGCCACACCGGAGCAGCAGCAGCACCAACAACAACAAGUUUAUCGCAAAUUCACGGAGCGCUACUUACAGGUCGUUGAAAGCGCCAUACAGCACGUUCGCCUUAGGCAACCGGAUGCCGACCUGAAGUCAUACUAUAAAUUUAAGGCUUUUCUCGAAGAAGAUAAUCUUCCACCACAAAAUUUGGGAAAAGUGGAUAUGCUCAUUCGCCAACUUCAGCAAGACCCAUUCCACUUGCUUAAAAAGGGCAUCUCACAGCAACAACGACAACAGCAGCAGCAGCAGCAGGGCGUUGGCGGUAAUGGAGGCGUUUCGGAGGAGACUCGCCAAAAACUGGUUGGUCAGAAGCGAACUAUUCAACCUCAGCGCCUCAUGCCUGCUGGAAUCCGUCCGGCUAUGGCUACCUCAUCGAGUCUAAAUUCCCUACUAUCUCAGCCGGUGGACCCCUUGGGAGCCACACCAGGCCCCUUUCCCGGCCAAAUGCCCCAAGCUGCUGCCGCUGCCGCUAGACACAUGCAGCAACAACACCAACUCCACCAACAACAGCAUCAAAACCGUUUAAUGAUCACUCAGCAGCAGCAGCAACAGCAACAGCAGCAUCAGAUGAUGGUUUCGGCUGAACAAGUCCACCAAUCCCCUGUCGACCCCUUCCAAGCGGCGUUAGAUAAACUGGCCGACGAUUUCGUGAUGCUUGAAAAACAGGUCGGGAAGGAAAGGUUUAAUCGAGCUAUAAGCGAAAUAUCAGAUGAAACGCGUUCUUUGCGUGAGUUAACGGGUCAUGUACUUCCUCGUGACAUUUUCCCCACACCACCCCUUGAAGAGACGAAAGUGGAAAAUCCCAGGGCUGAGAGCGAAUCUCUUCUUGGUCAUAAACGGUCUGGAGACGUCGAGCCCGAAGCGGACAGUGGAGUCAAAAAACACCGAACAAUCGAUGAUCAAGUCGAUGCCCUCGGCAGCAACGAACAACUACUCUGUGAUGGCAAGUCGAUCACGGACCGUAACCUAACCAUCGAUGACGUGAGUGUGAAAGUGAGGCAGGAGUUUGAAAAGAUAAAGACGGUUCUCCAGAAGAUUGACAUCUCGUUGGCUCAUCCCGAUUCAACAGAGGGUUACCCUAGCAUGCAGGAUAUGGAGAACCAUAUGACGUGCCAAGACGUUUCAGAGUGGAACAACAGUCUUCAUUUGAAACUAGAGUAUAAUGACAAGCUGAUGCCCUGCGUCCUUCCACCUCUCUACACUCGCCUUCCGCCUGAUUAUUUGACUUCUCGACGGGCUAGUUGGUUUGUACGCAUGGAUGAUUUCGCCCCGCCGGAAGUAUCCUCAGAUGAUGGAAAGGUUUCUUUCUUUACCCGAGAAGAAGUGGCGUCUUUCCUGAAAACUUCGUCGACUUUGAUUGCUUGGUAUAUGAAGAGCCUUAGAAAUAUCCCAAUUAGCCAGCAUCUGGGCGAACGACUCAGUUUGUACAACGUGGCUGAAGUCUGGGUGAAAAGCAUCCUCAUGGCGAUAACACGAUGUAUGAACGCUUUUUAG